AUGCACAAAAGUCCUCUUCUUAAGGAAAACAUAAGAUUAAACAAUAACUAGAGAUCUACUUACUCAAGUAAAAGCAAAUAAAAAACGUCCUCUUUGGAGAAGAACUCAAAUUCCAACAGAUCCCUACUCAAUGAAAUUUAAAACUAGACUCCAAAUUAGCCCAAGAAAGUCACAUCUACUUAGCCGUCUGAUCAAAAAUUGCAUAAUUGUUAAAUUCUGAAAUCGCUUAUGAAAAUAUAGAAUAGAACCAACCCUAUUUUAACUUAAUAGAAUUGCUAUGCUGGCAUAAAACUGAACUUUAAUAAUUACUUAUCAAAUGAAGAAAAAAGAAUAAAUACAAAUCAGUACAAUUCGUUAAAUCAAACAGUCCAACCAUCUCCUAAAGCCAAAACCAUCUCAUUAUCUACUUAUACAAGUACUUAGAGUCCAGAAGUUAGAGAGAAAGAGAUGAGAUAAGAGAAAAUCACAUCAUUCAAAUAGUUAAUACAAUAGACUAAGCAAAGUUUAGAAAAUAUGAAAAUAUCAGACAUAAAACAAUCCAUAGAUAAGAUAUUUGACAACACAAUUCAGCCUUUGCUUUAAUUGAAAAAUGAAGUGAUUAAAUAAAUUGAGAAAUGUUUAAAUGCUGAGCAAUAUUAGAUCCGAUCAACCAUAGAUUCAUUAAAGAAAAUGGAAGAUGAUAUCUUGUCUAAUGAGUUUAAUAUCAUUGAAUACAUGACGAUGGGACCAUUCAAUGAAAUAAUGCAGAUUUAUUAGAAGAGAUUUUAAGAACAUUCAUUUUUCACUUAAUAAUUAACUUAGCAAGAAUUAGUUAUACAUUAGUUUUAAAAGUUGCAUGAUAAUUUUACAUAACAAAACUAAUUGUUAUGUAAAUAAUUAUCAUAAUCUUUUCAAACAUAUUUAUCUUUAUUUAUUUCAUUCUAGAAUAAGGAUGAUUUUUAUGAGUUGAAGGAAAAUAACCACACUCAACCAUCUGCUUUAAACAAUAAUUAAUAUACCCAAGAGAACUUGUUUUAGACUUGUGAAACAAACAAUUCAAUUGAUGAAGAUUAAGUUAUUAUGAAGGAUCAAUAAGUUGUAAGAAUUCCGGAUAAGACAUCCUAAUUUACUUAGUUGCUCAUGCUGAAUAAUUAAAAAAAAUUGCUUUUAGCAGAAUCACCCCAAUUCAAAAAUUGA